UCGGCUAACUCAGCCAGCAAAGGGCGCCCGGCGCGCCUCGGAGCGCACGUUCCGCGCCUUCUCCUGCCCGCAGGCUGGACAUUAUGCGGCCGAGCCGCCGAGCCCUAGUCCUCCGCCUCCUUCUCCUCCUCCUGCGGCCCGAGCGCCUCAGCUCACGGCAGGCGGCAGCGUUGCUCAGCGGAGCGCAGACGGGACCCUCUCUGCAGGACCUCAGCGACUCCUAAAGUCAAAAAGUUGGCGGCAGGGCGCCGGGGUUCCGCGCGCUCUCCAAGGCUGCUGCCUCGCGUCGCCGCCAGCCACCAAAGCCGGCAGGAGGGAGGGGGUGGGAGAAGCGGGGGGAGGGGUGAGGAGCACCAUGCAGUUAGUAUCCUGGGCCACACUGCUAACGCUCCUGGUGCCGGACCUGGUUGAGAUGAGGAGUCCUGACUCCGCGGCGGCCGUGCGCAAGGACAGGCUGCACCCGAGGCAAGUGAAAUUAUUAGAAAGUCUGAGCGAAUAUGAGAUCGCGUCUCCCAUCCGAGUGAACCCCCUCGGGGAACCCUUUCCCACGAACGUGCACUUCAAAAGAAGGCGGCGAAGCAUUAACUCUGCCUCUGACCCCUGGCCUGCCUUCGCCUCCUCUUCGUCUUCCUCUACCUCUUCCCAGGAGCACUACCGCCUCUCAGCCUUCGGCCAGCAGUUUCUAUUUAAUCUCACCGCCCAUACCGGAUUUAUCGCUCCACUGUUCACUGUCACCCUCCUUGGAGAGCCAGGGGUGAACCAGACCAAGCUGUAUUCCGAGGAGGAAAUGGAACUUAGGCACUGUUUCUACAAAGGCCAUGUCAAUACCAAGUCCGAGCACACUGCGGUCAUCAGCCUGUGCUCCGGAAUGAUGGGCACGUUCCGGUCUCAUGAUGGGGAUUAUUUUAUUGAACCACUGCAGUCUGUGGAUGAGCAAGAGGAUGAAGAGGAACAAAACAAACCCCACAUUAUUUAUAGGCACAGCACCCCUCAGAGGGAACCUUCCACAGGAAAGCAUGCCUGUGCCACCUCAGAACUCAAAAAUAGUCACAGUAAAGACAAGCGGAAAAUCAGAAUGCGAAAACGGAGAAAGAGGAAUAGCCUGGCUGACGACGUGGCACUGCUAAAGAGCGGUUUGGCAACAAAGGUGUUCUCUGGCUAUAGCAACAGGACAAACAGCACAAGGGACAGAUGGAACCACAAAAGAACCAAACGCUUUCUGUCCUAUCCACGGUUUGUAGAGGUGAUGGUGGUGGCUGACCACAGGAUGGUUUUAUACCACGGAGCAAACCUUCAACAUUAUAUCUUAACCUUAAUGUCAAUUGUAGCUUCUAUCUAUAAAGACUCAAGUAUUGGAAAUUUAAUUAAUAUUGUUAUUGUGAACUUAGUUGUGAUUCAUAAUGAACAGGAAGGACCUUACAUAAAUUUCAAUGCCCAGACAACCUUAAAGAACUUUUGCCAGUGGCAGCAUUCAAAGAACUACUUGGGUGGGAUUCAGCACGACACAGCUGUUCUGGUCACAAGGGAAGAUAUCUGCAGAGCUCAGGACAAAUGUGACACCUUAGGUCUUGCUGAACUGGGAACCAUUUGCGACCCCUACCGAAGCUGUUCCAUUAGUGAAGACAGUGGGCUGAGCACAGCUUUCACAAUAGCUCACGAGCUGGGCCAUGUGUUUAAUAUGCCUCACGAUGACAGCAAUAAAUGCAAAGAAGAAGGAGUCAAGAGUCCCCAGCACGUCAUGGCNCCAACACUGAACUUCUACACCAACCCCUGGAUGUGGUCAAAGUGCAGUCGGAAAUACAUCACGGAGUUCCUAGACACUGGGUACGGAGAGUGUUUGUUGAAUGAACCUGCAUCCAGGACCUAUCCUUUGCCUUCCCAACUGCCCGGCCUUCUCUACAACGUGAAUAAACAAUGUGAACUGAUUUUUGGGCCAGGCUCUCAAGUGUGCCCCUAUAUGAUGCAGUGCAGACGGCUCUGGUGCAAUAAUGUGGAUGGAGCACACAAAGGCUGCAGGACUCAGCACACGCCCUGGGCAGAUGGAACCGAGUGUGAGCCUGGAAAGCACUGCAAGUUUGGAUUUUGUGUUCCCAAAGAAAUGGAGGGCCCUGCAAUUGAUGGAUCCUGGGGAGGUUGGAGCCACUUUGGGACCUGCUCAAGAACGUGUGGAGGAGGCAUCAAAACAGCCAUCAGAGAGUGCAACAGACCAGAGCCAAAAAAUGGUGGGAAGUACUGUGUAGGGAGGAGAAUGAAGUUCAAAUCCUGCAACACAGAGCCCUGCAUGAAGCAGAAGCGAGACUUCCGCGAGGAGCAGUGNGCUCACUUUGAUGGCAAACACUUCAACAUCAAUGGUCUGCUGCCCAGCGUACGCUGGGUCCCUAAGUACAGNGGAAUUUUGAUGAAGGACCGGUGCAAGUUGUUCUGCAGAGUGGCAGGAAACACAGCCUACUACCAGCUCCGAGACAGAGUGAUUGACGGAACCCCCUGUGGCCAGGACACAAAUGACAUCUGUGUCCAAGGCCUUUGCCGGCAAGCUGGAUGUGAUCAUAUUUUAAACUCAAAGGCCCGGAAAGAUAAAUGUGGGAUUUGUGGUGGAGAUAAUUCUUCAUGCAAAACAGUGGCAGGAACAUUUAACACUGUCCAUUAUGCAAUCUCAAGACGAGUCACANCUCAGCAUGUGAUGGCUCUGGUUUCUCCUGCAGUAGACGCCAUUGAGCGUNAUAUUCACACAGAUCUUAAAAGUCAGUGCAGGAAGUGCAGCACAGGUGGAUGGCGCUAUUCAGCCUGGACUGAAUGUUCUAAAAGCUGUGAUGGUGGUACCCAGAGAAGAAGAGCAAUNUGCGUCAACACCCGCAAUGACGUCCUGGAUGACAGCAAAUGCACACACCAGGAGAAAGUCGUACUACAGCGUUGCAAUGAGUUCUCCUGUCCCCAUUGGAAGACAGGAGACUGGUCAGAGUGCUUGGUCACCUGUGGGAAAGGGCAUAAGCACCGCCAGGUCUGGUGUCAGUUUGGCGAAGAUCGAUUAAGCGAUAGAAUGUGUGACCCUGAGGCCAAGCCGGAGCCCAUGCAGACGUGUCAGCAGCCAGAGUGUGCAGCCUGGCAGGCGGGUCCCUGGGGACAGUGCAGUGUCACUUGUGGACAGGGAUACCAGCUAAGGGCAGUGAAGUGCAUCAUGGGGACUUAUAUGUCAGUGGUCGAUGACAAUGACUGUAACGCAGCAACUAGGCCAACCGACACCCAGGACUGUGAAUUAGCAUCUUGCCACCCUUCCAUACUGGCCCUGGAACCAAGGAGAAAUGCACAGAGUGUAUCCAGAACCCAAUGGCGAUUUGGGUCUUGGACUCCAUGCUCAGCCACUUGUGGAAAAGGUACCCGGAUGAGAUACGUCAGCUGCCGGGACGAGGACGGCUCUGUGGCUGAUGAGAGUGCCUGUGCUACCUUGACUAAACCAGUAGCCAAGGAAGAGUGUUCUGUGACACCCUGUGGACAGUGGAAGGCUCUAGACUGGAGCUCUUGUUCCGUGACUUGUGGGCAAGGUAAGGCAACCCGACAAGUAGUGUGUGUCAACUACAGUGACCAUGUGAUUGAUCGAAGUGAGUGUGACCCAGAUUACAUCCCCGAGACUGACCAGGACUGCUCCAUGUCACCGUGCCCUCAAUGGACUGGCUUGGCUCACCCAUUUCAAAACGAAGACUUCCGUCCCAGGAGUGACAGCCCUAGCCGCACCCAUGUGCUUGGAGGGAACCAGUGGAGAACCGGGCCCUGGGGAGCAUGUUCUAGUACCUGCGCUGGAGGCUCCCAGAGGCGAGUGGUGGUGUGUCAGGAUGAAAACGGAUACACGGCCAAUGACUGUGUAGAGAGAAUCAAACCUGAUGAACAGAGAGCCUGUGAAUCUGGCCCAUGUCCCCAAUGGGCUUACGGCAGCUGGGGAGAGUGUACCAAGCUGUGUGGUGGAGGCAUGCGGACAAGACUGGUGGUCUGUCAGCGGGCCAACGGUGACCGAUUCCCAGAUUUGAGUUGUGAAGUCCUGGACAAACCUACUGACCGUGAGCAGUGCAACACACAUGCUUGUCCACAAGAUGCUGCAUGGAGUACUGGCCCAUGGAGCUCGUGUUCUGUCUCUUGUGGUCGAGGGCAUAAACAUCGAAAUGUUUACUGCUUGGCAAAAGAUGGAAGCCAUUUAGAGAGUGAUAACUGUAAGCACCUUCCUAAGCCACAUGGGCACAGAAGGUGCCGAGGAGGACGGUGCCCCAGAUGGAAGGCUGGCGCAUGGAGUCAGUGCUCUGUGUCCUGUGGCCAAGGCGUGCAGCAGAGGCAUGUGGGCUGUCAGAUCGGGACACACAAAGCAGCCAGAGAGAGUGAGUGCAGCUCCUACAGCAGACCAGAGUCNGAGCGUGUCUGCCAAGCCUCACCAUGUCCUCUCUACACUUGGAGGGCAGAGCAGUGGCAACAAUGUACCAAGACAUGUGGUGAAGGCUCCCGGUACCGGCAGGUGCUAUGCGUAGCAGAGGACCAAAGUGAGGUGCACAGCACACACUGUGACUCAGACCAGCGGCCUCCAGACCGUGAGAGCUGCAGCCUACAGCCCUGCGAGUACGUGUGGAUCACAGGAGAAUGGUCUGAGGUACUGUUCUGGGGAAUCUGUGGUGCCUUCAGUGUAGGAGCAUGCUCAGUGUCCUGCGGCAUAGGAGUCAUGCAUAGAUCUGUGCAGUGUUUAACUAAUGAAGACCAGCCCAGCCACUUAUGUCCCACUGAUACAAAGCCAGAAGAAAGAAAAACCUGCCGCAAUGUUUAUAACUGUGAGCUACCCCAGAACUGCAAGGAGGUAAAAAAACUCAACAGCGCCAGUGUUGAUGGGGAGUAUUUCCUGGCUGUCAGAGGGAAGCCACUAAAGGUAUUCUGUGCAGGGAUGAAUUCUGACUAUCCCAAGGAGUAUGUGACACUGGCUCACGGUGACUCAGAGAACUUCUCCGAAGUUUACGGUCACAGAUUGCACAACCCAACAGAAUGUCCCUAUAAUGGGAGCCGGCGAGAUGACUGCCAUUGCCGGAAGGACUACACAGCUGCUGGCUUUUCCAGUUUCCAGAAAAUACGACUCGACCUGACCAGCAUGCAGAUUAUAACCACUGACUUAGAGUUUGCAAGGACAAGUGAAGGACAUCCUGUUCCUUUUGCCACCGCUGGGGACUGCUACAGUGCUGCCAAAUGUCCACAGGGGCGCUUUAGCAUCAANCUUUAUGGGACUGGGCUGUCUUUAACGGAGUCUGCCAGAUGGACGUCACAAGGGAAUUACGCUGUUUCGGACAUCAAGAAGUCUCCGGAUGGUACCCGGGUCGUAGGGAAAUGCGGCGGUUACUGUGGAAAGUGUACCCCAUCCUCCGGCACUGGCCUGGAGGUGCGAGUUUCAUAACUAAGGGGCUCUGAAGAGGAAGCCAUAGGAGAUGGAUGAAGGAUAGUAAUUCAAUACCUCCACCUUGAAUUUGGGUGCAUCUGUGUGCGUGUGUGUGGAUCUGUCUGCGUGUGUGUGUGAAUGUGUGUGUAUAUGUGUG